AUGGCGGCCCGCGGCGGAAGGCGCGGGCCUAUCCGAGGCCGCCCGGCACGGCCUCGGCCCCGCUGGCCUGGUCCCCGGCCUCGCUCCGUUCGGUCCGUGCGCCCGACUCCGGCGGCGCAGGAGGAGCGGCCGAGGCGCGCUCCCAGACCGACCCCACAGCCGCCCGCCGGGCCAGCCAGCUACGGAGGGAGGGAGGAGGAGGGAACGACCGCGGGAGGGAGGGAGCGAGCCGGGGAGCCCAGGGCCCCGCCUCACCCCGCCCGGGGGCCCGCCCCGCGCCCCCAGGCUCCGCCCCCGGAGCGCCGCCUCUCUGAAGCAGCCGCGCCAGGCCGGCCGGGGAGCGACCGAGGGAGAGAGCCGAGGACCCCGCCCCGCAACCCGCGGCCCUGCAGCCCCCGGCUCCGCCCCCGGCGCGCGGCCUCAGAGGCACCCCGGCCGGGCCAGCCUCCAGGGAGCGAGGGAGCCCGGGGCCCCGCCCCUGAGGCCCCGCCCCCGGCGUGCGGCCUCUCUGAAGCCGCCAGUCCCGCCCGGUUGGGGCCCCCACCGGGGAGGCAGCGUUGUAGCCGCGCUUCCGGGCGGGCCCUGCCCGCCGCGCCCCGCCUCGCCGCGGGGCACCCGGGGCCGCGAGCUGGGAGCUUCGUCAUCUAG